GCGACUAUUUGUAGAAGCGUUAAUUGGGUACGGGGACAGUUUAAUAGGCACUCGAGCGCGCUCUUUUUUUCUUCUGGCUGCUGUCGUCGUCGCUUAGACGUUCGCCGCUGACAGGGGCAGAAGGAUCAGUGAUCUUGACUUGGGAUGGCAGCACUCCAGCACGGCCGGCACUAGCCAGCUCCGGCCAAUGGCGCUGCGAGACGCUGCCGGGAGCCCCGCUGGCCGCAGCUCUGGCGGGGCGGACGCACCGGUUCGAGCUCAACGGCGCUAUAAAUGGCUGCAUGGCCCCUGCUGCGGCGCCGCCCGGCCAUUGGCCACAGCGCCCAAGCGCCAGGGGCACGCGCUGUAGGUAAUUUCCCAGGCCUCCACCCCGCCCGCAUGGGGCCACUUAGGGGACUCCAAGGCCGCUGUCCUGCAUGCUGUAGCGCCUGGGCGCCCUGUGGCCGCACCCAGAGCGGGAUCCCUGCGGCAGGCAAGACCUCUCGUCCAACUUUCUCUCCCCCCGUUCUGCUUCUUUCUCUCAACCAUCGUCGCUGGUCCGGAAAGAUACAGAAAAUAAAAAACUUCCCUUUGCUGGAAGAGAGGCGUCUUUUUCAUUCAUUGUCGCGCUCUCUCCUGACCUUCUUUUUACAUAGCUUCGUUUGCUCUUCCUAGGAAGAACACCUUACUUUGGAACACAGUCUUCAUUCUUUUAGCUGUGUAUCCGUCCGGUCCUUUCUCAUUGACUAUCCGCGUUCUUCACCACUCCUUUUUUGAUAAAACCGACGACGACUACGAUAUACAUUCUUUUUUUCCUGUCUUUUCCUCUUUCACAGAACAGCUGGGAUUUUUAAGCCUUCUCAAACUGUGAAAAGAAACAGGGGAAAAAAACUUAUCUGAACAUACAUUCAUUCAACUACUUGAACGCGCCACAAUGCCCUCACUCGCCCACUUGCGACGAGCAGUCGAGGAGACGCCCCGGACUCACCUCGAUGUGGCCCGCACAGUCUCUCAAAUCUACAACAAGAUCCGCCCUGCAGGACAGAUUGGCCCCCUCAAGGUCUUCGCUCGAAGCGACGACUCUGACAAUGGCUCUGACACGGUUCUCAACGCCCUGUUAGCCGUGCUCGGCGUCGCCUUCCUUAUUCUCAUUCUUGUAUCUAUUCUGCUUGUGCUUCGCCGCGUCCGCCGCAAGCGGCAGCAGCAGAGCCAGGAGCCUGCUCUGCCCUCCUACAACGACGUCAAGAACCACCGGGGCCUGACCAUCGAGACCACGCACAACGGCCGCUCCAGCGUGCUCUUCAUCGGCCGGGAUGGCCAGCCCAUGCUGCGCACUCCCAGCUCACCACCUGACUCUCCCGACAAUGUCCCCGAGAUUCACAUUACGUUCCCUGAUGAGCAAGACGAGCAAGGUCGCCGGAAGAGCGGCCGGGUUGUCGUUGUCCGCGUUGGCGAAAACGCAACAGUUGGCCUCGAGCCCAUGCAUGACGAAGAGCUGCCCGCCUACGAGAAGGAGGCUGGUGGCCAGUUCUACUCUGUCGAUAUGAACCAGAUUGGCGGCCUCAAGGAGAAGGACCAUUCCUACUUCGAUCACUACUGAAGUAGUUAAAUUGAUUACUUUUUUCCACCUUCCGCUCUCCGAACGUCCUAUCUACUACCCUCAGGCUUUCUUGGCCGCCCAAAAAAUCAGGAACACGACAGUAAUAGAAAGAAAGAAACUAAAAUAAAUACGCCGUCACAAAUACUCUCUCAGCCUAGACUUUAACGAUCCUCUGUAUAACGACUUUCCUUGGAUACCAAAAAGUCAUGCAACACUCAAAAGAAAACCUUCUCGAUACCACGCCACCCUUUCCGCCCUUUUCUUCAAUCUCCUCUUCUUCUUCUUCUUAUUUUCCAUUCGGCAUUCUCGAAAUCCCGGAAUCUUCCUCUUCUCUCCAGAGCAAGGUUAAUUCAUUUCUCUCCCUUGUGGAUCUUUAUGACAUAUAGAUAGACACAUGGCGCUCUGCUGGG